AUGAGUGACCGACGCGUGGCAGACACGACGGUGGCGGGUUCCGGCGAGCUUGUCGAGGCUCUCCUACACGUCUUCCACCCGCUGUUGAUGUGCUUAGCAGAUGCUCUGAUAAACUCCACGGCUGUGACGCCGCCGGAGGUGGCUGCAAUGUGCGGCGUGGCUGAUGGCGAACCACGCCGCACCAUCUCGUUUUCGCUGGAGGGUAAGGCAGGCGCUAACAUGGCCGCGGCGCCCACGCCAAUGGCUCAUCACGCUGCUGGAGCUCAUCCCAUUGAGGCAGUUGCGCGGCCAACAGCUUCGGAGGGUGCCGGCCGUGGCUUCCCCCUACUCGUGCCUGCCUCUGCGAGGGGUUCGUCGCCGCCGUCGACGGAAGCGACGCCUGCGUUCAGUUCAGUCAAAGCAGAGGAGGCCGGAAGUUGCGCUAGCAGCGGAGGCAACGUGAGAAGAACAACACCACGGCGACUACCCACUGCGCUGGAGAAGGACGCGCUCACAACACGACGAGCUACAUUCGAUGUUGAGCACCGCGGUAGUGGAAGCGACGUUGACAGUGACGCUCUCAAGACGGUUACGGCGUUGCCAUGCUUGUCUGUGCAGACAGAGACCGUCGCUGCCUCUCCUCUAUCACCUACUUUGUCUCCACUGAACUCCACUUUACCGUCCUCGACCUCCAUGUCCGCCAGCUCCGGUGAGGCGCCUGCGACGACGGUGCGCAAGCGUGGCCGACCACUGCUGACGUGCACGGGGGCCACCUGCGCGGAGAAGGAAGCUGCUGCGCAGAAACAUGAAGAACCUCUUCCCGGCGUUGCCACCCUACCGCCCCACGCCGCGCGCCCAUUCUGCUUCACCCUGCCGAAUGCGGUGCUGUGGGAGACUGUGGCGGCGUUGGCAGAGGCGGUACUGAUCGAUGGGGUGUGCUUUAGCUGGCUUCAAGGUGAAGUCCAGAAACGCGCAGAAGCUCAGCAGCAGCGCAGUGAAGAGCAGCGGGGCCCCAAGGCGACGUCGCCGUUGCCGUCCCCAGCGCACGUGCUCGCCGACGCUCUUCUUUGCUUUGACAGACCCGCAGUCGCCAUCGCCCACAUGCGAUGGCGUGAGCUCACUGUACAGAGCAAAGAUGAGGUCAGCCCUAGAGGCAGCGGUGACCACGAGCCCGGCGAACGAAGCAACACAGACACCGGUGUCUUCGGCGCUUUGCCUGCUGAGAUGCAAGACGCCGUCUUCACCUCUGUCUCAGCGGCUCUCAUGCGCGCCGCCGCCGUGCACACGGCGCAGCUGCUCAGCCCCUUGUGCACUGCUACCCCCGUUGAAGCGAGACUCGCCAAACAAGGAGAGACCGCCAGUCAGCGACGGGAUGUGGCGACUUCAGCCCAAAGUCCGGAAGACUCUCAAUCCUUUAUCGUGCUGUCGCCAGCCACGACGCACGCCGCAUUUUUUGAUGGGUCGGCUGCAGCCUCACCCCACAUGCAGACCAAAUUUGACUCUGGUAUGGCGCCUGCUUCUUUUCCUCGACAGCCGUGGCCUCAACGAGGAUGGGCGGCAGAGGCGCAGCGACCCGCCCAUGUAGCCGGUGGACCGGUAACGUUCCGGAUGGUGCAGGAAAAACUUAAGCACCAUAAUCGGCGCACACUACAGACUCAGCACCAGCAGCCACGGCCGGCAUCCAUGUCAGCCGCUAUGUCUAGCUCGUCGACUUCCGUGUUCCCUGCCAGUGCUCCUGCUGCUGCUGCUGUCUCCGCCCUACCUGCGAGCGGUCCGCGUGGCGAUACAUCCUUGGCAGCCGUAACCGCCAGUGCGCCGUCCGCCACCGCUGUGGCUGGGCAGCCACCGUCGUGUGUUACGGGCGCGUUAUUUGAGCGACUCCUGCAGCAGGCGGAGGCACAGGACGACAGCUGCUUCUACGUCCAGAUCAAUGCAUGUCACUGUGGCGGUGCCACACGCACUGAGGCCACUGCGACACCAAUCGCCGACGCUGCCGUGCGCUCCAGUGCGUUUACGGUGCAAGUCUUGUGCUCCGCGCUGGCGUUUGCAAUGACGGACGAGGCAGCUGCUGCGACAUUGCUGUACAAUGUAGGCCCAGAAACAGUUCACUUGGCGGGUGCGGCUGCUUCUGGCAGUUGCGGUAUCAGUGCGUGCGCAUGCGGGGAGAAGAAUGGGCAGAGCAGUGAGGGAGGCAACUCCUACUGCGUUGCCGGAGACGCGUGUCGCCGUCUUCUGCGGCAGUGGUGCGUUGGGCUGGAGCAGCUCGUCUCCACUACCUCCUCGAUGUCAAUGUGGAGCUGCACUUCGCGGAGCACUGCACAGCGCCCAAAGCAGUCGAGCUUUACAACGUCUGCUGCAGCUCUCUUUGCAUAUUUGCGCGACUCCUCGGUGAAUCCUCAGCUGGAGUUGCUGGCAGACUACGUGCUGGAGACAGGUAAAACGACGUCGGCGUCGUUAAGGAUUCCCCCUCGGGUUGCAAGAGAUGCCCAUGGAGGCUACGUGCCAGAGGCUGACGCAGGAGCCGCGGCGACAGCCAAUACAGCCGUUCACCAAUUGCCGUGGACUACAGCACGAUGGAGUGUGAGGCCUGUGGUCGGCGUGAGGGAGGUGGACUACGCGGCUCACUUGCUCACUGGGUCGAGGGAGCACCACCGAGAUCAUGGCCAGUGUGUGACCGCGCUGCCAUUGCUGCCGACAGAGAGCGUCGCUGAUAUCCAUCCACCUACUCGAUCAACGACAUCUUCUCCGAUAGACGCCGAAUCGCCUCGAGAGGAGCCACCGAAGCGGCCUAAGAUCCAUGCAGACCAGGCGGCAUCCACAUUGCCUCGCUUACCGCCAGCUGUGGAGUGGCUCCGGCUCUCAGACGCACACUGCCAUCCUUCGGAAUCAGACCAAGCAGAGGACAGGCGCAGCACGCCGCCGGUGACCCAGGUGGUGGAGCGAUCCACUGCGGCACUCUUCCAACGCGUCCUCGCCCCGACGAUAGCAGCCGAGGAGGGGGGUGUCUGUGCCUCUGCUGAUGUCGUGAACCCGCUGGAGGAGGUGGGGGCAGUGCUUGCCACACUCGACGCCGCCUGCGCUGGUCGCACACUCGUGGAUGCUUCGGCGUGGCGUUACGGACGGAACCGCAUGACCGUCGCGGCGGUUUCCAUCAUUGGCCUGACGCUCUCAGAGAGCGACAGCGGAGGAAGUGAUGCGCAAGGAAGCGACGACGAUGUCCGGAAGGUCGGUGGCAGCCUCCCUCGCACCCACGAUUUACCUCAGGGACCCACAGCCGAGAGAGCGGCUUUGCGGUCUGCAGAAGGGGGACGCCUAGUCUCACCAGUGCCGGCGUGCCGCGCUCGGCUCCCCUUGGGUCUAUACCACCAUGAAUGUGGAGUACUCCAUGUAGCAGACGGCGCCACAUAUGCGCUGGAGAUGGACUAG